ACUAACAUAGUUUUCCAAUGGAGUGGUUAAUGUCAAUAGAAAGUUCUACAACAGACGGUUAGCUGUUAGCUUGCUGGAAGCUCCGCAGCCUGUUGGAUGAAGGAGAGAAUCAGGAACAAAACGAUGUGAGUUUCCAGCACGCCGACUUUAAAAAACAGCCUCUGGACGAGAAAACCGGUUUUCCCUGGUACCCUACCGCUGCUUUUGUCUUUGUGAAUGGGGGGGAAGAUUUCCUGUUUGACAGAGCCGAUAACCAGGAGAACUUAACGAUUUUACAGCCGACCAAACACCGACUCAGCGUCAUCAUAUCUGUCCAGAUGGAUCUGAGAUAACACAAUCAGCCAUUCUACCCUUAUACCAAUCUUCAGCCAGCUGCUAAACCACAAUGGUAGAGCCCACCGGGCUGAGCCCUGAGGGGGCGGAAGCAGGCAUGGGCGAUGUAAACACUUGCAGCUUGGAGAUAGAAAGGAAAUAUGAUGUCAUCCCUGCCGUCAUCUGCUCCAUGUGUUGCCUGUUUGGGAUCAUCUACUGCUUUUUUGGUUACCGCUGUUUCAAGGCUGUCAUGUUCUUGUCUGGUCUCAUGUUUGGCUCCGUCAUCAUUUUCUUGCUGUGCCACAAGGAGCACGUGUUGGACACCCAGCUGAGCGUGGAGGCCAGCGCGGGCAUCGGUCUGGGUAUCGGCUGCUCGUGCGGCCUGGUCACCAUGCUGGUGCGUAGUGUCGGCCUCUUCAUGACCGGCCUGCUGCUGGGCCUCCUGCUGGCUCUUGCCGCCCUGCUGGUUACUCACCAGUUCUACACUCCAACCACACUCUGGGUGCCCCUGGGUGCCCUCCUGGGAUUGGGCAUGCUGUUUGCUGUGUUUACGUUGCAGUGGCAAAAGCUGUUCACUGUGCUGUCCACCGCCGUGUUCGGUGCGGCCAUCAUGACUGUGUGCGCAGAUUACUUCGUGGAGAUGCUGGCGCUGGUCAUGCAUGUGUAUGAAUGUUUGCGCCUCACACCGGGGCCGCCUCUCUGCUGGUACAGCUGGGUUAUUCUGGGCAUCUGGCCUGUCCUCAGCAUCAUGGGAGUGUUGGUCCAGUGGAAACUGACGGACAAUGGCUUCUCUCACACCGAAGUGGUUAUCAAUCGAAGACAGAAGAGAGUCCAGCUGAUGCGGAUCAGAGAGAAGGAUGCUAAAAAGCGGCAGCAGCCAGGUGGGCAGGAAGAGCUACCUGCAAAGUCUGCGGGACAGACAGUUGAGCACAGGCACCUCCCUUAGCAGCCUGAGCACAGCCAACAACACCAUGAUUGACCUGGACUACGAGACCGGAUCCACUGUGCCGCUCACCGCUACCACUCCAGUCGUAAGGAUCUGAGAAGGAACUGCACUCACUGGGUCUCCAACUGGGUUUCCACAAACUCCUCUACUCACAUAGAGUAAUAAAUACCGAUAAACACGAACAGAUGGAGGGGAGAAAAUGUACUUUUUAUCAGCGUGUCAGCAGCAGGAACUUCAUGGAGUGAACAGAAUGAAGACAUUCUUCAGAUGAAGGGAGAGGUGCUGGAACCCUGUUUGGUGAUCCACUCAAAGAAACUCGUAAACAUACUAACAAAGUUCCUCGAUUUCCUCUUAUCAUA